GUAUAAAAUACUACAUAAAAUAUCGUAUGUUGUUCAUCUCUAAAAAUACUACCGUACACAAAUAAGUAAAUGUUUAUGGGCAAAAUGAAUCGGAUUUCCUUUGAGGAAAUUUCCAUGAUCCGAGACCUCGACAGUCGAUAUUUUGGAUGUCUUGACUUAGCUGAUCCUAAAAAUUUGGAAAUAAAAGCCAUAGUUCAAAAAACUAUAACAACAAUACAAGAUGAUAUUGCCUAUUAUAUUACUAAAAAUAUAAUUGUUGCCAAUGACGGAUCAGCAGGAGUGCUUAAGAAUAACUCAACUGGAAACACUGGCAACGAAGACAACAAAUUGCAUGAUAUAGAAACUAAAAUAAUUAGUUUUUUCGAGGAGGAAACACUUGCUAGAGACCAAUUUACUAACGCCCUCUGCAAACUCGGUCACUUGCAUCUGCUCCUUGGUGAAUAUUCCGAGGCUUUAUCGGCAUACCAAAAAUAUUUAAGAUUCAAUCAGAAUAAUUAUUGGACAAAUCAUGAAUUUAUUUAUGGAAUAGGGAUUGCUUACUUUAAGCUCCGAUGCUUUAAAUGGGCAAUCAAAUCUUUUCAGGAGCUUUUAUACUUAAACCCCAAUUUCACAUGUGCUAACGAUGUUCAUUUACGAUUGGGUUUCAUGCUGAAGCAUUGCGGUGAAUACCACAUUGCUUUAAAACAUUUGCAAUUGGCGCUGCUUUAUACGAAUCCAUCGACUUAUUCUGAGCUUCAUGUUAAAUUUCAAAUCGCUCACCUUUAUGAAGUUCAAAAUAAGCAUAAGGCGGCAAAGAAAGCCUAUGAAUUUCUACUCAACGAGAAAAAUAUAUCGCUGAAACUAAAAGCAGAUGUUUAUAGACAACUUGGAUGGAUGUACCACUGCGUAGAAUGCCUAGGCGAAAAAAAAGAACGUGAAUCGAGUGCAUUGAUUUUUCUGCAAAAGUCAAUUGAUGCUGAUCCAAAAAGUGGCCAGUCAUUAUAUUUAUUGGGCAGAUGUUACGCAGGAAUAAAUAAGGUCCAUGAUGCUUUUCUGGCAUAUCGAAACUCUGUAGAAAAAAGUGAAGGAAAUGCGGAUACCUGGUGCUCGAUUGGUGUUUUAUAUCAACAACAAAAUCAACCGACGGAUGCGCUCCAGGCUUACAUAUGUGCUGUGCAACUAGAUAAAGACCACAAGGAAGCUUGGACUAAUUUGGGCAUUCUUUAUGAGAGCUGCGGUCAGCUACGAGAUGCCUAUGCCUGCUACUUAAAUGCAACUAAACAAGUUUCGUGCCAGAAAACCACCAUACAUCGAAAAGAAGAAACAAUACCCAUGAACAAAGACGCCAUUGGAUUGACUAAAGGCUUAUCACAACGUAUCAAAUUUCUGGAGAUUCAACUUGGCCAGGCCCCGUUACCGAGUAUUACAUCAAAACGGCGGCAGUUAUGUUCAAUUGAAGAAGCUUGGAAUCUUCCGAUUUCGUUAGAAAUGAACUCCAGACAACAACAAACAGCUCAGAUGCUGCCGCGACAGGUAACAAAAAAUAUUCAUAUACAGGGUCCACCUCCACCUUAUCCGCAGAGUCACAUAAGUGAAAGUCCCACGCCUGCCAAACGUAUAAAGGAAGACGCUCUAAAUCCAAUCUACAAUCGAUCGGGACAAGACUGCCAAGAUAUUAUACAGCAAAACAAAACACAAUAUUUACAAUUUAACCAAAAUAUAAUAAGGACAUUAAGUAAUCACAAUUUAGAUAAUGUACAAGAAGGAAGAAUGAGUUCGGAACAAGCUAUUUUGGAUUCUUAUGAAUAUAUUUCCAAUGAACUUUAUACAAAAAAUACAAAUAUUAAAUUUGAGCCUACCACAAUUUUAUCGAUAACCAAUGAUGAAACUAGUCGCCAUUUACAUGAGGAUUUGGACUAUACAGAAAAUAAUGCGAGCGCAUCUAUAUCCGAAUUAUCUCCAACAUUUAAGAUACAAAUGGAUUCAAAGCAGUUGAUGUCAGCUGUCAAGCUUUUGACAAUCGAAGAUCCACCAAUAAACUGUACGGUUUUGCAAGUAAAUACGCCGCCGCCAACGCCCCCUGAUUGUCCACCACAAAAACUAUCGAGGGACCAACUUUUACCACCUACUCCAUCUGUUCAUUUAGAAAAUAAAAAAAAUGCAUUCAGCCCUCAGUUGCAAGAAUUUUGUUUAAAACAUCCUAUAGCAGUUGUGCGUGGCUUAGCUGGAGCUCUAAAGCUUGACCUGGGGCUCUUCUCUACUAAAACAUUAGUGGAGGCAAAUCCGGAUCAUAGUGUUGAGGUCAGAACACAAGUUCAUCAGUCACCUGACGAAAAUUGGGAUAUAUCGCAAGCCAAACGAGUUUGGGCCUGCAUAUCGCACCGAUCCCAUACAACAAUUGCAAAAUAUGCACAAUAUCAAGCGUCCAGUUUUCAAGACAGCCUUAAGGAUGAAAGUGAUAGAGGAUUUACAGGCUCCCAAAUAAUGUCGGACUCUGACUCCAAGGACUCGGUAUCAAAUUCCAACAUUUCUUUAAAACGCAAAAAACACAAAAGCAGCAGCAAAAUGUUACGAUUUGGAACCAACGUGGAUUUGUCUGAUGAACGAAAAUGGAAACCACAAUUAAGUGAAUUGCAAAAACUGCCUGCUUUUGCUCGUGUUAUCUCCGCCGCCAAUAUGCUAUCUCAUGUGGGUCACGUCAUUUUGGGAAUGAAUACAGUUCAACUUUACAUGAAAGUUCCUGGAAGCAGGACACCAGGACAUCAAGAAAACAAUAACUUUUGCUCAAUCAACAUUAAUAUUGGCCCUGGAGAUUGUGAAUGGUUUGCCGUCCCAGAUGCUUACUGGGGUGGAAUUCACCAUUUGUGCGAAAAGAACAAUAUCAGCUACCUUCAUGGUUCAUGGUGGCCAGUCUUAGAAGAUUUAUACAAAGAAAAUAUACCCGUUUAUAGAUUUAUACAAAAACCCGGAGACUUGGUCUGGGUAAAUGCUGGAUGUGUUCAUUGGGUUCAAUCUGUAGGAUGGUGCAAUAACAUAGCCUGGAAUGUUGGACCAUUAACUGCCCGUCAAUAUUCUCUUGCCAUCGAACGAUACGAAUGGAAUAAACUGCAAGCAUUCAAGAGUAUUGUGCCAAUGGUUCAUUUAAGCUGGAACCUAGCAAGAAAUAUAAAAGUAUCGGAUAAGAAACUUUUUGAAUUGAUAAAAAUGUGCUUAUUGCAAACAUUGAAAAAUAUAUUACACACACAGGAAUACGUAAAAUUUAAAGGAGUGGAAAUACGUUUCAAUGGUCGUGGAAAAAACGACGCAUCACAUUAUUGUGGUCAAUGUGAAGUUGAAGUUUUUAAUGUACUUUUUAUAAAAGAACAGGAGAAACGACACGUUGUUCAUUGUCUAUCAUGUGCACUGAAACUGUCUCCAUCACUGCAGGGUAUUGUAUGUUUGGAAGAAUACCGCCUAUCGGAGCUGCAGCAUGUGUACGAUUCAUUCACAUUAUACCGAACGCAAGGGCUACAUACCACACAGUAAAAAAGUUAUUUAUUUUCUUAGCAUACAUCUUAUACCCAAUCAAAUAUAUAAUUACUUUCAUACAGCA